AACAUUAAUUUCACUGAUAACACAUCAGAGAAGAAAUUAAAGGUAUGGCGUCGACGAAUAAUAAUCAACCUCCAAAGAAGACUGCUUUACGUAAUUCAGGAGGAUCGUCAAAUCAAGGAUCGUCACGAAGCUCGACUGGCCAAACUGUCAAGUUUGCGAGACGAACAUCGAGUGGAAGAUAUGUGAAUUUAUCGAAGGAAGACAUCGACAUGUCGGCCGACUCGUCGUCCGGCGAUUACAUGAACUACACAGUCCAUAUUCCGCCGACGCCGGAUAAUCAACCGAUGGACACAUCAGUGGCCAUGAAAGCCGAAGAACAAUACGUUUCGAAUUCUUUAUUUACAGGCGGAUUCAACAGCGUGACGCGAGCUCAUUUGAUGGACAAAGUCAUUGAUUCUGAAGUUAGUCAUCCUCAAAUGGCUGGAGCUAAAGGGUCUGCUUGCGCCGUUCCUUCUUGUGAUGGCAAAAUCAUGAAGGAUGAGAGAGGGAAUGACGUGAUUCCAUGUGAGUGCAGAUUCAAGAUUUGCAGGGACUGCUUUCUAGAUGCCCAAAAAGAGACAGGACUAUGCCCUGGGUGUAGAGAGCCAUACAAAAUAGGGGAAUACGAAGAUGACUCGCCAAAUUAUUCAAGUGGAGCAUUACAAUCUUUGCCAGCACCAAACGGGUCAGAAAGGGAUCCGAAUAGUAUGUCAGUAAUGAAAAGGAAUCACAAUGGAGAAUUCGACCACAACAGGUGGUUGUUCGAGACCAAGGGAACGUACGGCGUUGGCAAUGCUUAUUGGCCACAAGAUGACAUGUACGCCGACGACGGUGACGGUCACGGUGGCGGACUCAUGGAUUUAGCAGAAAAGCCUUGGAAACCCCUAAGUCGGAAAACGCCCAUUGCAAAUUCCAUCAUCAGUCCUUACAGGUUGAUCAUUGCGAUUCGGUUUGUUGUAUUGGGCUUCUUUUUGCAUUGGAGAAUAAUGCAUCCAAAUGAAGAUGCAAUAUGGUUGUGGCUAAUGUCUGUAAUUUGUGAGAUAUGGUUUGCCUUCUCAUGGUUGCUUGACCAAAUCCCAAAGCUCAUGCCAUGUAAUCGAUCCACUGACCUUCAAGCUCUUCAUGACAAAUUCGACACGCCGUCGCCGUCGAAUCCCACCGGACGUUCGGAUCUUCCCGGCUGUGACGUUUACGUGUCCACUGCCGAUCCUGAGAAAGAACCAGUUUUAGUCACUGCCAAUACAAUCCUUUCCAUUCUAGCAGUUGAUUACCCCGUGGAGAAACUUUGCUGUUAUAUUUCUGAUGAUGGAGGUGCUUUGCUUACCUUUGAAGCCAUGGCUGAAGCUGCAAGUUUUGCAGAUUUAUGGGUUCCUUUUUGUCGAAAGCACGAUAUCGAGCCGCGAAAUCCAGAGACAUACUUUAGCUUGAAAAUUGAUCCAACCAAGAACAAAAGUAGAUUAGAUUUUGUCAAGGAUAGGAGGAGGGUUAAGAGAGAGUAUGAUGAAUUCAAGGUUCGCAUAAAUGGUCUCUCAGAUUCUAUCAGAAGAAGAUCUGAUGCUUUCAAUGCCAGAGAAGAAAUGAAGAUGAUUAAGCACAUGAAGGAAACUGGGGCUGACCCUUCAGAACCUGUGAAAGUUGUGAAGGCUACAUGGAUGGCUGAUGGGACCCAUUGGCCCGGAACUUGGGCUGCUCCUUCAAGUCAACACGCCAAAGGUGACCACACAGGGAUUCUACAGGUGAUGUUGAAACCACCAAGUCCUGAUCCAUUGAUGGGAAGUAGAGACGACAAGAUUAUAGAUUUCUCAGAAGUGGAAACAAGGUUACCAAUGUUUGUGUACAUGUCAAGAGAGAAGCGACCAGGUUAUGAUCACAACAAAAAAGCUGGAGCCAUGAAUGCCUUGGUUCGAUCAUCAGCAAUUCUAUCAAACGGACCAUUUAUUCUUAACUUGGACUGUGAUCAUUACUUCAACAAUUGCAAAGCCAUACGAGAAGGAAUGUGUUUCAUGAUGGAUAGAGGUGGUGAGGAUAUUUGUUAUAUUCAAUUCCCACAAAGAUUUGAAGGAAUUGAUCCAUCUGACCGCUAUGCUAAUCACAAUACGGUGUUCUUUGAUGGCAACAUGCGAGCUCUUGAUGGUGUUCAAGGUCCAUUUUAUGUCGGAACUGGUUGCAUGUUCAGGCGUUUUGCACUGUACGGUUUUGAUCCACCAAUGGUUGAGAAGAUUAAUAGUAAAUCUCAGAACUCAAAUACUAGUAAUUAUAAUAACGCUGCUGAAAUGCAACCUUUGAAUCCCACUGACUUUGAUCCGAACUUGAAUGUUAAUAACUUACCAAAGCGUUUUGGCAAUUCAACCAUGCUCGCCGAAAGCAUCGCGGUCGCUGAGUACCAAGGCCGCCCUCUUGCAGAUCAUCCGGCGGUCAAGUAUGGCCGCCCUCCUGGUGCUCUUAGGGCUCCUCGUGAGCCACUUGAUGCCCUUACUGUUGCCGAAGCUGUCUCAGUAAUCUCUUGCUGGUACGAGGACAAGACAGAAUGGGGAGACAGAGUGGGAUGGAUCUAUGGCUCCGUGACUGAAGACGUAGUGACUGGCUAUCGGAUGCACAACCGUGGAUGGCGGUCGGUGUAUUGCAUAACUAAACGAGACGCAUUUCGCGGCACGGCUCCGAUCAACCUGACAGACCGGUUACACCAAGUGCUACGCUGGGCCACAGGUUCUGUUGAGAUUUUCUUCUCUAAAAACAACGCCUUCCUCGCUGGUAAAAAGCUCAAGUUUUUACAACGUCUAGGAUACCUCAACGUAGGAAUCUACCCAUUCACAUCCAUCUUCCUUCUAGUUUACUGCUUCCUUCCAGCACUCUCACUCUUAUCAGGAUUCUUCAUUGUGAAGAAUCUCAGUGUCGCUUUCUUGGUCUACCUUCUUGCCAUUACUCUUUGUCUUAUCAUGCUCGCGAUUCUCGAGGUGAGAUGGGCUAAUGUUGGAUUAGAAGAGUGGUGGAGAAAUGAACAGUUUUGGGUUAUAGCUGGAACUAGUGCUCAUUUGGCUGCGGUAGUACAAGGCCUUCUUAAGGUGAUUGCAGGGAUUGAGAUAUCUUUCACUUUGACUUCAAAAGCAGCCACUGAAGAUAAUGAUGACAUUUAUGCAGAAUUGUAUUUGGUGAAGUGGACUUCAUUGAUGCUUCCUCCAAUUAUCAUUGGCAUGGUCAAUAUUCUUGCCAUUGUGGUUGCCUUCAUGAGGACUAUUUUUGCAGCCAUCCCUCAGUGGAAUAAGUUCAUUGGAGGAGCUUUCUUUAGCUUGUGGGUUUUGGUUCAUCUCUACCCUUUUGCAAAAGGUUUAAUGGGAAGGAGAAGGAAGACACCAACCAUUGUGUAUGUAUGGUCAGGUCUUAUUGCCAUUACACUUUCACUUUUAUGGCUUGCUGUUUCACCACCUGCUAGCAGCAACAACACUGGAGGGAAUUUCCAAUUUCCUUGAAUAAUAUUCCCUCAUCCCCAUCAUGCAUAUAUAUUAACAUAUAUUUGUAUUAUACUUUUACAUUUAGCAUUUAGGAACAAUUUUCAAGCAGGAACAGGGCUGUGUAUACUUCAAGGCCAUAGCCGUAGGCCUAAAAAAAAUUUCACUUAUACUU